CUUUAUCGAGUGCGGACGCGUUUUCUCGGUACUCCGCCAGGCACACCAAACACAAUUGUCCCACUGUUCCAGAAUUCACCAACUAUACACAAAGAACCCAUCUUUGUGCACACAUACACACAACUACAUCCUCCCGCUGCAUCUUUCACUCCGGAAAGCCUCGCAUAAGUAAACUCGAACGAAACUUAGGAGAAAGUGGUCCGUGUCUAACCGUUAGCAAACAAGCAACAAAAUAUAACUUAUUUGUCCGCAAUCAAGUGUAGAAAAUUGUGCAAGUGUUCUGUGGUUCGUUACCAGUAGAUACCGGGAUCGCUCGUUUCUGUUAUGAUCUUCUGCAUGAACAGUUUGCUGACGAAAACAGUCCUCCGCCUAUAUCUCACUGUUUUCGAGAAGUGAAUGGGAAAAGAAGCCAAACUCAAAGGAAAAGUUAUUUUCUCGAAAGCGAUCUAUGCGUUUUCGGCCAGUGAUAAGUUGGAAAACAACUGAUAAUUAGGUUUGCAAAGUGCACUUUUCGAAAGAUCGGAAAUAGCAUACGCUGUUUUUUACUUUCAAUCCACCACCCGUGUCGCUUUUCCGCCGGACAUCUUUAUCACCGCAGCACCAGUCAACCAUAAAAUUUUCAGUGCACACUGAAGCGGGAAAAAACUGCCUCCCUCCUGGUAACCCACUUUUAAAAUAAUUCACAGCAGGACUCCCACUCUCAGCGCCUCAGGAUGGAUAGUGGAGGCAAGAAGCAGGUCGUGUCGGAAUUCAGCUACAUGCUGCAGAGACAGGCAAGCGAUGACUCAACCGAGGCUGCCGCAUUCGACGAUAUCAAUUCACUGAUGAAGAACGAAGAAUCCCAGGCGUCAGGCGAAACGUUGUCAUCCCUGCCGCAGGCAUCGUUCAACUACAUCAACUCGAUCGUCGGCAGUGGAGUGAUUGGCAUCCCGUAUGCGCUUCACCGGGCCGGUUUCGGUCUGGGGCUGUUCCUGCUGGUGAUAGUGGCUGUGAUAACGGAUUACUCGCUGAUACUGAUGGUGCGAUGUGGUCAUCUGAGUGGACGGUUCAGCUAUCCCGGUGUAAUGGAAGCCGCCUACGGAAAAGGCGGCUACUAUCUUCUGUCGCUGCUCCAAUUUAUGUACCCUUUUCUCGCGAUGAUAUCGUACAACGUUGUCGUCGGUGACACGCUUUCCAAGGUGCUGGUACGAUUUGUGCCGUCCUGGGGCAACUCGAUGGGAGCGGUGCGCUUCGGUGUGGUCCUGGUCGUCACCGUGUUCGUGAUAAUACCGCUCUGUCUGUACAAGAACGUCUCCCGGCUGGCGAAGGCGAGCUUCCUCAGUCUGGCCUGCGUAAUCAUCAUCUUGAUUGCGGUGAUCUACAAACUACUGGCGGGGGAUUACAGUGUCGUACCGGAUACGCCGGAAUCGUGGCGGUUUGCUCACGGGGAUCUCAUUCCCGCCGUUGGAAUAAUGGCUUUCGCUUUCAUGUGCCACCAUAACACAUUCCUGGUGUACCAAUCGAUGCGGAAUGCCACCCUGGAACGGUGGGUAAAGGUGACACAUCUCUCGGUUGGCUGCGCCUGGCUGGUGGCCGCCUUUUUCGGUAUCGCCGGGUACUGCACUUUUCGAGCACUAUCGCAAGGUGACCUGCUGGAGAACUACUGCUGGGACGACGACCUGAUGAAUUUCGCCCGGGUUCUGUUCUCGAUUUCGAUCCUGCUGACAUUCCCCAUCGAGUGUUUUGUGUCCCGGGAAAUUGUCCGAACGCAAAUUAAGCGAUUCUACUCCAGUGAAGUUGUCGAGUACGAUACCGAUAAGGACCCGUCCCACGCGACCGGUGAAGAGGACCAGAAAUCGGUGGCUACCACACUGGUUAUCGUGUUUGCAGCCUUCAUCCUGUCGCCAUACACGGAAUGUCUCGGUCCUGUGCUGGAAUUGAAUGGUCUACUGGCAGCGAUACCACUAGCCUACAUUCUUCCAGGACUAGCCUACAUCCAGCUGAGCCCACACUCACUGUUUAGCCAGGAGAAACUGCCGGCUGCCGGUUUGGUGCUGUUCGGUACGAUUGUCACCAUUUCCGGUGCAGCACUGCUGAUGCCGAAUCUGAUUGGCGACUGCAGGACGGGCAUUAUUAUGGGCUACUGCCGGGAGGACGAGUUGGCCAUUAAUGGGACGCUGUACCUGGCCUCGACGCCGGCUUGCGUCACCGAACGGGCCUAAACGCGGACGGACAGACCGAAAGGAGUUAACGGAAGAGGACUAUUGGAGUUAGAUACGUGGGAACAACAACAACAAACAGCUGUGCAGAUGCUCCGGAAUGGGAAACGACACACUGAUGGUGUAGAACUGAAAGCUAAUAUGCCAAGUGUGACUACGCUCGAUUUAUAAUGAAAAUAUAUGACCUGCAUCGUUCGGAACAAAACGACGGUUCCAUCGUCACGCUUAUCGAUUCGUUCGUGGUUACUAAAUGCAGCAGCAAAAUCGCAUGUCUACUAAAUGGCUGGUUAAAUUGUGAAAGUUAAAUUGCAAUUUAUAGAACCAAUAGUGGGAUAAUUUGAUUAUUCGUGAAUGAUCUAUUGUUUCCUGAUGUCAAGGGGCAUUAAUUUUUAUUUUGAACACAGAGAUAAAAUUACGCAUCGCAUGUUUCAAUCUGCUAUUAUCGGAUGCAAGCAUACUCAACGGAAAUUAAAAUACAAUUAUGCUGUUUUAGUUUUCGUUUCGUGCUAAUUUUGAGUGCAAACUGACUACAAAUCCACUAGAAAAACUGCUACGGCAACGAGUUUUUCGAAAUUUUCUUGUGGAGCAUAAUUUAGAGUGUCAGACUAACAUAAAAGAUGGAACUUCGACUAACAUAAAAGAUGAAACUUCGAAUAAAACGAAGUAGAUGAAACUUCGUUAAAUUAUUUUUGAAAUUAAAUCUAAAAAUAAUACCAUUUACCUGAGCAAACAAUUUAAUUACCACUUAUUCAAUUUUCCUUUUUUUAUUUUUCUUACACUUGCGUGAGAAUAUGAAAGGGAUGUAGAUAACUAUAAUUUUGAAAAAGAGACUGUUACUCAUUCGGAGCAUUUGCAUUACGUCAAAAUAUAUGAAUAUAAUAGCAAUCGUGCGUAUUGGCAAAUAAAUCAAUCUGUGGAUAUUUGCAUAUCCAAAUCAAUUAAUGGUCACGAUGUGAAAAAUAUAAUUUUCGUUUAGUUAUUCUAGUUACUGCUUACAAAUGUUUUGAUUUAAAUAUUUAAUUAUGUUUAUUUUUAUUAAAUCAACUAAACAGCAUUUGCGUGUCAUCAUUGACUCCUGCAGUUUGCUGCUCAAUACAAAUAUAUACUGAAAAAAUCAACCUGUGUUACAAUCAAACACAACUUUGCGUACCUGUCAAACUAUCGCCGAGAGAAGACUUCGCCCUACUAUCCUGCACUAUUUUGAUCGUUUUUUAAAUAGGUGUAAUCUCAACAAAAUGAUAAACUUAUUUAGGGAAAAAAGGUAUAUUUAAAAUUCCGACGGAUUUAGAGAAGCUUGGGUCGUACGUUGUCUUUCAGAUUUUAUAGUCUAAAACACACAGGAACAUACUGAUACAGACAGAAGUUAAGUUUUGUAGCGAAAUUGAGUAUAUGAACGUGUGGCAGUUUAGCACACGAAACCGAUUCUACAUAAUAUAAAUUACCGAAACUAUUUCACUUAAACCGGAAAUGUUACAUCAAGAAAGCUGGCAACUCAUCCAUGAACUUAAUCAAAUCACCUUUUCAGUUCUACCUUUUCCGUGAUUAUGAUAAGAGCUACCAGCUUUCUAGAUGGAAUAUUUUUGCAUAAGGCAAUCUUAAGGGAACAUAAACUAAAUAAUAUAUCAUAUCGAGACGAAGUGAAAGAAAAAAAAUCCAUGCAAGAGUCUCUGCUAGAAGCAAAUACCGAAUGCAUCAAAUGCUACAUUAGUAGUAUCGAAUCUCUACACAUUAGAUCUCCUAUCGUGAAAAUUUCGAUCAAAUCUAAAGAUAGUAGCAAAUAUACCAAAUAAAAGUAACCAAAGCACUGAUUUCGUACUGCACCAUAGCCUAGAUGUAGAUCUAAUUGGGAGUAACAAAACUAAAAAGCAGUAUUAGCCAGUAUAACGCCUAAAUUAAGAUUUCAUUUUCAACAGUAACGCCGUUCAGCAUUCGUGACAGCCUCAUGACCAUCCCUAGUUUGUAUCGUAUUUGCGCAAGCACAAUCGGAACUCCAUUGAAAAUCAAAUUAAUUUCGAACUACAAACACAAUAAUUUUAAAAUAACUAGCAAAACACUAAAACAGUGAAUUUAUUAUCAUAGAGGAACGAUCAAAGGAGAUUUUUUAUUACGGGCUUUUACGGGAUCGAAACAACGGUGUAAUGUAACAUUACUGUGAGACAAAAUCCAUGCCAGAAGAAGGAAAAUAUUUUCAGAAAGUUGUUAUUAUCGUCACGAGUAAAUCAAACAAGUAAAAAUGACUCAAGUAUGUAGAAGAGUAUUUAACGGCAAUGAGGCUAUUUUAUUGUAGUAUAUAUUUGAAGAUAUUUAUCAAGAGCGAUUGCUAGACAACACUAUUUUACAACAUUGUCCUAAUUUUAUGCGAUCUUAGUUUUUAUAUAUCAGUACUGAUAUUCGAUAGAUGAAUAAUGUGAAUUUCGUUACAUAAGAUAAAUGGAGACUAUAAUAAACGAA